CGUUUUUCAUGUUAUUCAGUUAUCAAUUUGAGAAAUGAAAACUCAGGAAGUGUUUUGGUUUUUACUUUCAUCGUUUCUUUUAUUUUCAAUCGUUACGGCCACGAGAAAUGUUCUAACCAAAAGCCAAACAAACGAUGAAAUUCAAACAAUUUAUGUUAAAGCGGUUCGAUGCAAUUUUUCUGAAGAUUACUUUUAUCAAAAUUAUAGCUGUUAUGCAAAGUCAUACAAUCGAUCGUUCUCUACGGUCAAUAUUUUGUCAACUGUAAAACCUGUUAAUAUUGACAAAGUUUAUUUAAAUUGGAAAUUGUUUUUCAAAUAUGGAGUGAUCUAUCGUGAAGUGAUGUAUUUGUCAAGAAUUGAUUAUUGUCAGGCUUGUAAAUUUGGAACAAGCAAUAAGAUAUUAAAACAAAUAUUUUCAAUGAUGAGAGACAGCGACCCCAAAAUAUUUACAGUUCGCUGUCCUGGUUCUCUGAACAUAACUAAUUUCUACAUAAAAACUGGAACGAUGUUGUCGAUAUUUCCUACUGGAGACUAUAAGACCUUCUUCGAAUGGGAAUUGGAAAACAAAACUUUAGUAGAAUCUUUGGAGAUUAUUUCUAGUUUGAAUUCACCUAACAAAGACACUUUUGGAUGA